CCGGCGCGUCCCCCUCACGCGCGUCGCUGCCGUCGCCGUCGGGGCUCUACCUCAUUGCUGCUCCCCUGGCCUGCCGUCUCCGCCCCGUCCGCGACCCAAUCUUCGGGCCGUUGGGGUUUUGAUUGAGAUCCGCCGCUGGCCAUGGCGGGAGCAGAGGCUGCCGCGGAUGCAUCGGGCCCGCGAUUCGCCCCUGACGACCCGACGCUCCCCGCGCCUUGGAAGGCACUAAUCGACGGCGAGACGCUCUACUACUGGAACCCCGAGACAAACCUCACCCAGUAUGACAAGCCGGGUGCGGCCGCACCUCCCUUGCCCGCUCCUGCGCCAACGUCAGUGCCGGGGGCUUUCGCGCAGCCUGGCAUGCAGCAGCAGCAGCAGCAGCAGACGCAGCAGCAGCAGACGCAGCAGCAGCAGCCGCAACAGACGGCACAACAACCGCAGUUUCAGUAUCAAGGUCAGCAAGCACAGCAACCGCCGUUUCAGUAUCAACAGCAGCAGCAGCAAGAGCAGAUGCCAAACCAGCAGGGUUCACAACAGCCCCUAGCUCAUCAGUACCCAAACGCGCAUCAGCAGCCAAUGCCAUAUCAGCACGGUCAUUAUAUGCCACCCCAGCAGCAAUAUUCAUACCAGGUAGGCCAGCAGCCACAAAUGCCGCAAACUCAGUAUAAUCAAGGUCAGCAGAUGCCAAUCCCGCAAGCUGCCAAUCAAGGUCAGCAGCCAACGAUGCCACCAGGAGCUUACAAUCAAGGUCAGCAGCCAACGAUGCCACCAGGAGCUUACAAUCAAGGUCAGCGUCCCCCGAUGCCGCAAGCUGCCUACAGUCAUGGCCAGCGGCCGCCUAUGCCACAAUCUGCUUACAAUCAAGGCCAGCAGCCACAAAUGCCGCAUGCUUCUUACAAUCAAGGUCAGCAGUUGCAGGGAACAAGGAUGCCUCAGACUCAAGUGCAGCACACACAACAAUCACCAGGCUUUCAUCAACCUGCCCAGGCUUCACAAGGUGUGCAAGUUUCACAGCCUCAAGUACCUCAAAUGUCCCCCCGACAGGGCCAACUCCAGCAUGGCUUCCAGUUCACCCCUCAACAGGGAAAGCAAUCACACCAUGGUCAUCUUGUCACCCAAUAUGGACAACAAAAUACCACGGUGAAGGUUGAUGCAGGAACUCAUCAUGAAGGAAAGCAGACUGGCUUUUCCUUGCCGCUUAGUCAGCAGCAUGGCCAAGUUCCUCCUUCAAACCAGACGUUGCCUUCGAGUCAUCAACGUCCUGAAGCCCAUAAUCAACUAAAUAUUCAUGGAGUCGGAGGGCCACCAUAUCCUGCAAAGCAUCAUCUUGGCGGAUCAUCCCCGGGUGAAACUAAUAACGUUAGUUUCUUGAGUGCGCCUGCUCAAACACAUCAAGGAGGAGUGGAUACUAACUACCGGCAACAACUGGCUAGUAGCCAUGUAGUCCCCAAUCAUAUUGCUCCUUCACCAGGUCGACCUCCAAUGGGUUUCAAGAGGGGCAAUAGUGAAGAUCAAUUUGAAAAAAAUGAGCCUCUCUCCUCUGGGAGGUUUGAUGGAAUAAAUGCUCUCCAUCAGCAGCCAAAACAUGCCGCUCUUCCACCCUCACAAAACCAUCUGCAGGAUAUGAGGAAUGGCCCACCUUAUUCCCAGCCAGAUAAUUUUGGUGGUUAUAACAUGGCACCUCCACAUUCGGUACCAAACCCACUUAACAAUGGUCCAUUUCCUAUCGGAGCUUUAACGAGGCCACCAUCCGGAACAUUUUCUCCUCCUGAUUUCCCAAGUGUCGCUUCAGUUGAUGCAUAUCGUCAACACCAUGAAGUCACUGCAGUGGGUGAGAAUGUUCCUCCUCCAUUUAUGACAUUUGAGGCUACUGGAUUCCCCCCAGAGAUCCUGAGUGAGGUUCAUGCUGCUGGCUUCUUAAACCCCACCCCGAUUCAAGCUCAAACGUGGCCCGUUGCACUUCAAAGCAGGGACAUAGUAGCUAUUGCCAAGACAGGAUCAGGGAAGACACUGGGGUACCUUAUUCCUGCUUUUGUACAUCUGAGGAGAUGCCAAAAUAAUCCAAUGUCGGGCCCUACAGUGUUGGUUUUGGCCCCUACUCGUGAGCUUGCUUCACAAAUACAAGAUGAAGCAAUUAAGUUUGGUCGAGCGUCUAGAGUAUCAUGCACAUGCCUGUAUGGUGGAGCUCCAAAGGGACCUCAGCUCAGAGAACUUGAGCGUGGAGCAGAUAUUGUGGUAGCUACACCUGGACGACUCAAUGAUAUUCUGGAAAUGAGGAAGAUUAGCCUCCAUCAGAUUUCAUUACUUGUGCUUGAUGAAGCUGACCGCAUGCUUGACAUGGGCUUUGAACCACAAAUACGGAAGAUUGUGGAUGAGAUUCCUCGUAAUAGACAAACUCUGAUGUAUACUGCCACUUGGCCAAAGGAGGUUACAAAAAUAGCUGGGGAUUUAUUGAGAAAUCCUGUCCAGAUCAAUAUUGGUAGCAUCGAUGAACUUGUUGCCAAUAAAUCCAUCACACAGUGUGUAGAGAUGGUUCCACCCAUGGACAAGCAGCGUCGCUUGGAGCAGAUUCUUAGAGCUGAAGAAAGGGGCUCAAAGAUCAUCAUAUUUUGCUCAACCAAGAAAAUGUGUGAUCAGCUUGCUCGUAGCAUUGGUCGUAGUUUUGGUGCUGCAAGCAUUCACGGCGACAAAUCACAGGGUGAAAGGGAUCAUAUCCUGGGUCAGUUUCGGACUGGUAUUGUGCCAGUAUUAGUGGCCACAGAUGUUGCUGCUCGUGGUCUUGACAUCAAAGACAUCAGAGUGGUGAUCAAUUAUGACUUCCCAACUGGUAUCGAAGACUAUGUGCAUCGCAUAGGGCGUACAGGAAGGGCUGGGGCUACUGGAGUUGCAUAUACUUUCUUCUCUGAGCAAGAUUGGAAAUAUGCUGCUGAUUUAGUUAAAGUCUUGGAUGGUACUGGUCAGCAUGUACCUCCAGAGCUGCAACAGAUGGCUGCACGGGGUGCGUCUGGUGCUCCAAGAAACCAGGCUGGUGGCAUGAGCCGUUGGGAUGGUCCUGGUGGUGGUAGUCGUUUUGAAUCUGCUGUUGGUGGCCCUGGUGGUUUUGGUGGAAUUAGGGAGGGCCCUGGAGGCUUUGGCGGUCGAGAUGGGCCAGGUGGAUUUGUUGAUCGGGAUGGUCCUGGCAGAUUCGGUGAUCGGGAUGGCCCUGGCAGAUUCGGUGAUCGAGAUGGCCCCGGACGCUUUGGUGGUCGAGAGGCUCCUGAUGGCUUUGGUGGUCGGGAUGGCCCUGGUGGCUUCGAUGGACGGAUGGGCCCUGGUCCUGGUGGCUUUGGUGGUCGGGAGGGGCCUGGUGGAUUUGGUGGAAGGGAGGGUCCUGGACCCAGUGGCUUCAGCGGGAGAGGGGGGCGUGGGUCUGAUGGCUUUGGCAGGAGAGGUGGAGCAAGCCCUGGUAGAUUUGGUGGUCGCGGUGCCAGGGGUGAUUCUCCUGGUUUUGGUGGUCGUGGUAGGGGUGAUUCUUUUGGUUUUGGUGGACGAGGCCGGGGUGAUUUCUCUAGUGGACGUGGUGGAAGAGGGCGUGGAUUUGGAGGACGGGGACGUUCUGACCGAGGUCCACACGAUCGUUUUAUCUCAGAUGGACGUGGAAGGUAUGAUGGCCGUCGAGGACUUGACAAGGGUCGAGGCAGGAGCUACAGCCGUAGCCCAGAUAGAAGCCGCUCGCGAGGCUAUGACAGAAGAAGUGAUAGCAGGAGCCUAAGUAGUAGGAGUAGAAGCCGUAGCAGAAGCUGGUCACGCAGCAGGAGCCACAGCAGGAGUUGGUCACGGAGCCGCAGCCGUAGUCGCAGCAGGAGCAGAAGCCAUGAUCAGGGUCCAGUAGAACGCAGGCCUCGGGUAAGAUCUGGUUUUGAUGUGCUGCCACCUGCAACUGAAGCUGGAGCUGCUGUAACUGGGCCACUUCCUGUACCACUACCUGGUUCAGUGUCUGAUGUUGCUGCACCCAAACCUAGACAAUCGCUGGUGGAUGCAUCUGAUAUGUCACCUAUGUCGCCUGGUGGCUUGGUCCAGGCCCAGGAGGGUGCACCGUUCAUGGGUGGGAACAAUGCCAACAUUAGCAGCAGACAGGCUGACCAGCCUUCCCAAGGGACUGAUCUUGUAAUACCGCCGAGCUUUUCUGCAGCUGCAAAUUUUCCAGGUCCGGUAGUUCAGCAGGAUGCCCCAUGAUGCAACCUGGUGGUGCGCAGAGGUGGACGAGUCGGCGCCUAUGGCGGGAUUAAGAGGCAGGGUGGCGCCCAUGGUCGGUGAUAACGGCCAUGCUGAAAACACUGAUAUAAUUACAAAGGCUGCCAAUCUGUGGAACCAGCUGUAUUCCUGUUUUCCAAGACUUGCACUCGUGCAGGUGCCUGAUUAUUCUGCACUCAUGUUCCAUUGUCACACACACACACCCAUGUUGGUCGGAUGUUUGUUUGCCUUGUCCAGCAGUGGUGAUUUUUCAUAUGAUGUGUAAAUUUCCCCCUAGAGGCAUCUGCAUAAUUGCUGUUAGGUUUGUGAUGCUAUUUUACAGUCUGUCGAGCUGGUUUGGUGUGAACUUGCAACUGCUGCCUGUAUGGUCUAUAGCUUGCUUUCUAAGCGUAUAAAACAUCAUUUGACUUUUU